CACGUCAAACGGUCCUGCUUGGAGAUUUACAGGCCAGUGUUGAGGUCACUCCUCUGUCUCCUCAGGGCAGUUCACGCCUCGACUCUUUUUGCUGUGCCAUGGCCUGGUUAACUGUCUGUGGGGGAGGCGGAGGUCUCUGAGCCCCUUAAAUCUAACUGCUGUCCAAUAUUAACUGCAGCACAAACAGAACAGUGGUAAACAAAAGGCAGAGUAAACACACUCCCAAAGGCUUGAAGGACAAACAUGGACUGAUAUGCACGUGCACACACACACACACACACACACACACACACACACACACACACACACACAAAGUAUAGCAAGCUUCAUAAGCAGCAUCUCCAGGAAACACUCAUAAAUAAUUUUUAACCAUUGAUGCAAUGAUGGAAAUUAUUUUAUUUGACUGAUAUUGAAAAAAUGUUUCUUUGGACCAGCUGUUGCACUCUGGGAUGGAUCCAUUCAGCCCAAACUUCAACACACUCACACACAUAUGCACACACCAUUAGUAUCAAGUGUCCCUCACUCUGCCCAUGAGGGAUAAAAUCUCCAUCCAUCCAUCCAUCCAUCCAUCCAUCCAUUCCUGCCGCCUUCUGAUCUGUGAAGUCCAGGCCAGGUCCAGCUGUUUGGACCACAGUCCCAUCUCUGUCCUUCCUGGGUGUCCCGCUUUCCCUUUCGUCUGUCCCCCAGGGACGGUUAAGACCUCCUCCAGCUCAGACUCAGCUGCACUCAUCCUCUCUGCUUUUUAAAAAUAGGCUGGGAUAUCAGCCUGGACAGCUAAGAGACCUGGACGCAUCCUGGGGAUUGGGGAAUGUCUCUGCACUUCCCAGAUCCUUCAUAUCUGUGUGAAUCCUCUGAGUAAUUGUCUGUGUGUGUGUGUGUUUAUGUCUUUGCAUAUGUGUGUGUGAAGACAGAUCCCGUAAUACUAGCUGGAGAGAGGACCUUCUGUCCAGAUGAGAGAGUGGACUGAGUUGGAGAUGAGCUUUUCAGCAGGGGGGUUUCUCUCCGCCUCGGAUGGUUACUGCUCCACAGAGCAGCUCCAGUAUUAUGACAUGCUGGCUGACCCUCUGGGCUACCCCCUACAGGACCCUGACCCCCAGCUGCUCCCUUACAGCCAACAACAGUACAGCCCUGCCAACCUGCCCUUUUCCCUCUAUGGCUCUCCACCCUCCUGCACCUCCUCUCCCUCCUCCUCCUCUUCUUCCUCGCAGCCCUGCCAUCCUCUGUACCACUACAGCCCUCAUUGCCUGGAGGCCCCCUGUGACCCCAGUCCCGAGACCCACUGUGGGGUCCUAGCACAGGGGCUCGGAGCGGUGGGCCUGCCUCUGGGGCGGAGGACACGGGUGGGGUCGGGAGGGAAAAACAGAGGUCAGGAUGAGCUGUGUGUAGUGUGUGGGGAUAAAGCAUCAGGGUAUCACUACAAUGCUCUUACCUGUGAGGGAUGCAAAGGUUUUUUUAGGCGUAGUGUGACUAAAAAGGCUGUGUAUCACUGUAAGAGUGGCGGCGGCUGUGAAAUGGACAUGUACAUGAGGAGGAAGUGCCAAGACUGUCGGCUGAGGAAGUGCCGUGCUGUGGGAAUGCUGGCUGAGUGCCUUCUGACUGAGGUGCAGUGCCAGUCCAAACGACUAAGGAAAGGUGGUAAAGGUAGAGGACAGGAGGAAGAGGAGAACACAGACAGCCGGAAGGUCAGCUCAACCAGCAGGAUACCUGGACAGGUUUUGUCCACCAGUUUAACCCGAGAACAGAAAUACAUUGUGGACAGGAUGGUGGAGGCCCAUCGACUGUACAAAGCACAAGACAGCAGCCACUGCAGGUUGUUUGAGUGGCCAUGCACAGAAGAAGGGGAGGGCUUUUCUGAUGUUGUAUCCCCCCACCUGCAACGACUGCUACAGUUUGCCAGGACAGUGCCAGGUUUUGACCUCCUGGAUUUUUCCGACCAGUGCUCUCUCUUGUCUGUCUCUUCACUGGAGGUCAUGUUCCUGCUCUCAGCUCAGCAGUUCUCCCACAGCACAAGCCCCAGUCCAGCAUCAGCCCUGCAAAUUUUUAGUAUGUCAACACACAACUGGCUGAGAAAUGUAGAGUCAAAGGAAAACAUCCACAGCAGGACACUGGUCAGCUCAGGAGGCAGUGAGGAUCUUCUCGGGCCGGUGCUUAACUUCUUCCACAGCAUGGUGACGCUGCGGGUGACGGAGGCUGAAUACACCCUGCUCACUGCUACAGCUCUGCUCUGCUCAGACCGAGCGUCCCUGCAGGCAGCCAGCUGUGUUGAGAAAAUGCAGGAAUUGAUCCUGGACCUGCUGUCCAGAGUGUGCGGAGCCCAGGCUGGAGCUGCGCGAGGAGGACCGCAGCGGUUUGGUCGCCUGCUUGGUAGACUGACGGAGCUACGGACUCUUCGUCACAACUACCUCCUCCUGACAAAACAGCAGCCUGGACACUGACAGAGAGGACACACCGGAAAUGGUGAAAACCACCACUAUCAUCUCUGAGGAGAUUUAUGUUAGGGACUAAAGGGUCCUGAAUGAGCUGAGAAAUUCUACCUUGUAUUAAUGCAAGCUUUCACCUUGAUUCUUAGGUCUCAGACACAAAUCUGCCAUAUUCUCAGUUGACGUCAGCUCAUUCAGACCUGUAGUCAUGAUUGAAUGUUAGCUUAUGUUGGGACUGAAAUGUUUGUGGACUGCUGCAGUUUGUUGGGACAAAAGUUAUUUUAUAGGUCUUUUUUUUAUAAUUGUUGUAUACAGCUAACAUGUACACAGUACUUUUCACUAUGCCCAGUAUUGGUAAAAUAAAAAACUAAAACGCAAACUGU